GAGAUAUAUAUUUUCAAUAUUUCCAUUUGGCAAUGUAUUCGAUACUCCCAAGGCCAUCGCUUCUUUUAACAUACCUGAAGGUACCUAUGGACGGCCCCAUAACUGAUUUCAGCCCUACCUAUCACUACCUGUCUACCAAUAUACUUAGCCCUGAUCAUGACUACUAAACCUAGCUCGGCGCCGUGGGCAGACGAACCCUUCCACUUGAUCACCACCCCAUCAACAUAUCUAAUGGAUUCCCAUUCUUAUGUUCACAUUUCCUCCGAGAUGGCACAUGCGCACAAUGUCCUUAUCAGAGGACUUAACUCCAUCCUACAACAGGCACCGUACGUGCCAACAUCUACAGAGAAGAAUUAUAAUGCCCAAGAUGUUAAAGACCUUCUGUUCUAUGUUAAGUCAUGGACAAAGACGACAAGUCAUCACCACUGGCUUGAAGAAUCGUUCAUCUUUCCCGAGAUCGAGAAAUUCAGUGGCAAGCCUGGGUUGUUAGAUGGCCCAAAGAACCAGCAUGAGUUAUUCCACGGCGGAAUAGAGAGACUUCUCGCGUAUGCUUCAACUACAACUCCCGAGGAGUAUCGAUGGGAAGGGGUUGGGGGUAUGAAAGAGAUUAUAGAUUCAUUUAGUAAACAUCUGACGGACCACCUCUAUGCAGAGAUAGAUGUCUGCUUGGGAAUGAAGGCUCUCGAUAGUGCGGGCCUAAAGAAGACCUGGGAUCAGGCUGAGAAGGUUGCGCAACAAUCCGGCAAUCUCGGACUACUGUAUGAUAUAUUCCCUUGUGUUCUUGGGACCGCCGAUAAAACCUACGAAGGCGGUAACCCUUUCCCCCCUUUCCCCUGGUUUAUACCUUAUCUAGUUAAGUACUGGUUUGCUGCUGGAAACGGUUGUUGGCGAUUCAACCCUUGCGAUUGGUGGGGUAAGCCACAGCCUCUGGCCUUUAUCCCACAGAAACUAUGAUUUGAAGCAUUUGGAACUUUAGGAAUAAUCUUCUUAGGGCAUUAAGAGGACUUUGUUCUACACUACUUAGUCGAGUGGUAGGCACAUAUCAUUUGUGGCUCGUGGAGAGUAAUGAGUCGGGCGACUAUUUUUGUGUAACAUAAAGGAAGGAUAGGGGAAGAUAUCUUGGGUCCCGUAUGAAGUCUCACGAUACCACACCGCGCA